AUGCUGUUCACAGCCUGUCUCUUCCUGCUUCUAGUGUCCAUCUCCCAAGGGGCUCCCCUGAGCAGCUUCCACACAAAAGCCCGAAACAAACUACUUCUAGUCUCCUUUGAUGGAUUCCGCUGGGACUACGACCGGGAUGUGGACACCCCCAACUUGGAUGCCAUGGCAGAGGAUGGAGUCAAAGCCAUCUAUGUCACUCCACCAUUCCUGACUCUCACUAGCCCUGUACACUUCACCUUGCUGACAGGGAGGUACAUUGAGAGCCAUGGCGUGAUCCAUAACAUGUGGUUUAACACAAGCAAUCAAGAGAAGAAACCAUAUUACAUGACUCAGUUCGUUAAUGAAUGGUGGGACAAUGGCAGCCUGCCUAUUUGGAUCACGGCACAGAGACAGGGUCUAAAGGCUGGUUCUCUUCACUUCCCUGGCACAGCUUCUACAUACCAGGGUCAGAAGGUACAAGUGGCAGAAGUGGAACCACGUUUUUAUGAUUACUCUAAUGAGGCAGCAUGGCAGGAGAAUGUGGACAAGGUCAUAGAGUCCUGGUUCAAUGAGCAGGACCUAGACUUUGUAUCUUUGUAUUUUGGGGAACCUGACAGCACAGGACACAAAUAUGGACCUGACUCCCCAGAGCGCAGAGAGAUGGUGAAGCAGGUGGACCGCACAGUGGGGUACAUCCGCAGAGCUGCUGAGAAAUACAGCCUCACAGAAAACCUCAACAUCAUCAUGACUGCUGACCAUGGCAUGAGCACAGUGCUGAAGAAAGGCAUGGUCGAUGAGAUCAUCUUGUCCAAGAUCCCUGGAUUUUCCUUCCGAGACAUUGCGUUCCAUUUGCUAGAUUAUGGCCCUGCUGGCAUGCUGUUGCCAAAGGAAGGGAUGCUGGACAAAGUGUACAACACUCUGAAAGGUGCCCAUCCCCACUUGCACGUCUACAGGAAGGAGGAAAUUCCUCGUCGUUUUCAGUACUCCAACCAUCCUCGCAUCUUGCCCAUUUUCCUCUAUGCUGACCCUGGAUAUGUCAUCAGUAGUCUGUUUCCAGUCCAAUUCAACAAUGGGGCGCACGGCUUUGACAACCUGGAGAUGGACAUGAAGCCCUUUUUCAGGGCCGUGGGGCCCGACUUCCGCAAGAACCUGGUGGUGGGACCCUUUGAGACAGUGAACAUUUACCCCCUGAUGUGCCACUUACUGGGCAUCACGCCUGAGGCCAACAAUGGCUCCCUGGAUGCGACACGACAUCUGCUGGCCUCUGAGGAAUCUUUGUCCAGGAACGGUUCAGAGAAGAGUAAUGUGUCUCGUGCCUUCACUGCUUUGGCGGCAGCAGCCGGGUUUCUCGUCGUGGCCUUUGUGGCGAUCAUAGCGCAUGGCGUGUAUAAACAAAGAAAAGGAAGUCAGAGGUAG